GUCCUGAAAGUCAUGUGUUUCUAGGUCUUUGUUUUCAAGGAUACAGAAAUUUAGCAGUCAGAACUUUAUAAUCACUGUGAGUUUGGGGUGAGAGCACAUGAUAUCACUAUUAUAUCUUUUAAGGAGUCAUCUGUCAAGUACCACAAAAACUUGCCCAUGUGAAAUAUAAAGGAGUCAUUUAGGAGCUGCAUUGAACUACUGAGAACGAGCUGAAUAUCUCAGGUAGAUGCUGAAGUCUUCCUUGAUUGUUGUAUAGAUAAACAACUGUACAAUGGUACUCAUAUUAGGACGAAGAUUAAACAGAGGGGAGAGUGGGGUCCGUGAAUCUCCAGUAACCAAGCGUAAAGUCUUUGAAAUGGACCAGAAACCGUUAACAGGCCAUGAAGUAUUUGACUUCAACUCUGGCUCUUCUCACUCGGAAAGCAUUCUUCAGGUCUUUAAUGAGUUUAGAGAAAACCGUCUGUUUACUGACGUCAUAAUCUGUGUGGAAGGCAGAGAAUUCCCUUGCCACAGAGCCAUUCUCUCUGCUUGUAGCAUCUAUUUUCGAGCCAUGUUUUGCAAUGAUCACAGAGAAAGUCGGGAGAUGCUGGUAGAGAUUAAUGGGAUUUUUGCAGAAGCCAUGGAUUGCUUUUUACAGUAUGUUUACACAGGAAAAGUAAAGAUCACAACUGAAAAUGUCCAAUAUCUCUUUGAAACCUCAAGCUUGUUUCAGAUCAGUGUUUUACGUGAUGCAUGUGCCAAAUUCCUGGAAGAACAGCUGGACCCUUGUAACUGCCUUGGGAUCCAGCACUUUGCAGAUACACACUCCCUAAAAACUCUGUUUACCAAAUGUAAAACUUUCGCACAACAAGCCUUUGAAAUUGUCGUUCAACAUGAGGAAUUUUUAGAGCUGGGAAAAGCUGAACUUAUUGAUUACAUCAGCACCGAUGAUUUGGUUGUCAGCAAAGAGGAGCUGGUGUUUGAAGCAGUCAUGCGUUGGGUGUACCACCAUGUUGACGUGAGGAGACCCAUGUUGCAGGAACUCUUGACACAUGUGCGACUCCCUCUGCUGCAUCCUAACUACUUUGUUCAGACUGUUGAGAUCGAUCAAUUAAUUCAGAACACACCAGAAUGUUACCAGAUGCUACACGAAGCCAGAAGGUAUCACAUUCUUGGAAAUGAGAUGAUGUCUCCAAGGACCAGACCUCGAAGGUCAACAGGAUACUCUGAAGUAAUCGUAGUGGUGGGAGGUUGUGAAAGAGUAGGUGGAUUCAAUCUUCCAUAUACUGAAUGCUAUGAUCCAGUGACUGGGGAAUGGAAAUCAUUGGCAAAGCUGCCAGAGUUUACAAAGUCUGAAUAUGCUGUCUGUGCCCUAAGAAAUGAUAUUCUUGUUUCAGGUGGCAGAAUCAACAGUCGUGAUGUUUGGAUUUAUAACUCUCAGCUAAAUAUAUGGAUCCGGGUUGCUUCUUUAAACAAGGGAAGAUGGCGCCACAAAAUGGCAGUUCUGCUUGGGAAGGUGUAUGUGGUUGGAGGUUAUGAUGGACAGAAUAGACUGAGCAGUGUUGAAUGCUAUGAUUCAUUUUCUAAUCGGUGGACAGAGGUUGCUCCACUUAAAGAGGCUGUGAGUUCUCCAGCGGUUGCAAGCUGUCUGGGGAAACUGUUUGUUAUUGGUGGCGGACCUGAUGAUAACACUUGUUCAGACAAGGUUCAGUGCUAUGAUCCAGAUAACAAUGUUUGGUUACUACGGGCAUCUAUUCCAAUUGCUAAGAGAUGCAUUACAGCUGUGGCCUUAAAUAACCUCAUCUAUGUUGCCGGAGGGCUGACUAAAGCAAUUUACUGCUACGACCCAGUGGAGGAUUACUGGAUUCACGUGCAAAACACAUUCAGCAGACAGGAAAACUGUGGUAUGUCUGUAUGCAAUGGAAAAAUAUUUAUCCUCGGAGGAAGGGGUGAAAAUGGAGAAGCCACAGACACGAUCCUAUGCUACGAUCCUUCAACUAGUAUCAUCACUGGAGUGGCAGCUAUGCCCAGACCUGUUUCAUACCAUGGUUGUGUGACAAUCCACAGAUUCAAUGAAAAAGCUUUUAAACUGUGAUGGUCUACCAUAAAGAAGUAUGGGGAAGGGAUGAAGCAAAAUUGAUAAAACCUCCCAUCACCUUAGUUGCCAGCCGGCCUUUUGUGCAGUAAAAGUUUGAAUAUCCUAAUAGAUACACAUUUUUCUAAAUCUUUCUCACAUCUGGAUUCAGACAUACCUGGUUUAUUCAUCAAUGUGCAAUUUUAUUUUCCUGGUAAGGAAAAAGACUUUUAAAUAUUUGUACAAUAAUUCUUUAAAACUCAUUUUAUAUGCAGAUUUUUGUAAUACCUGAUUGUUUUGUUUUCUGACUUUACUUUUUGCAAUGCAUUUUAAUUUAAAUCCUGAUAAGGGUUCUAGAACAACUCAUAUGACACUCCUUAAACAAAAAUGUCUAUAUUUAUAUACUGACAUUGUUGGAACUGCGUUAUUUAUGCUACAAUGAAAACGGGUUCUUGAUACAGCCAUACAGUUCAUUAAAUGAGUAGUAGACAUCAAAAAUGGUUGCUAAGCAGGUAAACAAUCUAAACUGUAAAUAAUUAUAUAUAAGUAAUUAUGCCGUAAAAGUGAAGCCUGUAAUAGCGGUACCUUAUGUAUAAAGGGAAAAGGGGCACUCUUACACCAAAGAGAACACCUGACUUCAUCUUGCCAUGACAUUUAAGGUAUUCUAGAAACAUGUCAUGGACUGAUAUUAUUACAUCAGGGAUGUCCAACUGGCAGCCCGAGGGCUACAUGUGGCCUUCAGCACUAGUUUUUGUAGCCUCCAGGAAAAACUAAUAAUUUGUGCCAUACAAGGCCGGCUCAAGAUAUUUUGCUGCCUGGGUCUGAGAAUGCAAUGACGCCCACCCCAGUAGCAACAUUAAUGACUAGCAUGGCUGUUGACCUUACUAAGCCUGCCUACCUUUCUGCAUGCAACCAAUGCUUAUGCCCAAUUGUGCAAUAAAUGGGAAGAAAGUAUGUAAAGAGAUGCACUUGUCUGGUCUGCGACUUCCCCUCACAGAGACAGAGGACAGGAGUAGUCUGAGACUGAAAGUGACUGACUCAGUCACUAAAGUGCUGCCCCUGGACAAGUGCUAUCUGGGUCCAUUGAACCCACUUGGUCCAAUGGUUGAGCCGCUCCUGGUGCCAUAGUGCUUGUGACCCCAGGAAAUUCAAAGUUCUGUUUUUUUCUCAGGGUCCACAAAAACAAGUGCAUGUAGCUCACGGCCACAAACUGGACAUCCCUGUUAUAAAGUAUGGGUAUACCCAAAAUGUAUUUUUUGUUAUUUAACGACAAAUUGCUUUUUAUUACUGUAAUAAACCACAAUGCUUGGAAAAAUACACAAAUUGAUUGUAUAAUCCAGAGGUUUGCAGAAAUGUGUAAUUUGUCAAUACAAUAUGACCUCUAAGGCCCAACCCAAUUUAAUAGUAAUGGCACUUGUCACCUAUAUAAAACGUAAGACUGUCGUAUAGACUCUUCAUAAUAACAUUUUUCCUAGCUAGUUUCUUCCUUACUUGCUCUCUGUGUAUGUAAGUGUGUUUUAAAUUCACAUUUUAAGAUGAGUGUGGAAUUACUAUAGUUUCCUGUUAAUCUUAUAGCACAAGUAUAUUUACAACGUAAGAUAAGAUAAAAGUAUUAUUCUUUAGUAGGCAUUGAUACCUUUUAGUUGACCAGUAUACCAGGCUAUAAGGAUAUCUGGUUAAAUAAACUUUUGAUACUACAGUAGUAUCUUCUUUCAUAGUAUAAGGCAGGUUUACUACAUUUAACUAUAUACAUUUUCACGGUAACGUUUUUGGAAUUUGGGGAUUCUGGUAGCUAUUUGUAAUGAAGUAUAUUUAGCGUGCAUGCUAAUGGUGAGCUUCCCUUUUUUAUUUUGUUAUACAUUCUUAGGCAUGUAAACAUUAUUUUUCAUAUGAAUCAGAUUUAGAUUUUUGCAAAGAACAAGGUUUCUUUGUUAGAAUAUAAAUCUAUAGAAUGAUGGAUGUAACUACCAGAGAUACAGUUGGUGUGGUUGUUACCGUGCCUGUUAUUUCAGCAUACCCUAUCUGACCCACAAAACCUUUUCCGGCUAUGUGUAAAUAAAAAAGCACUUGGUAAAGACUGCAGGGGAUAAAAUAUUGUCAUCACAUCAUAGUGUUACAACUACCCUUUGCUCAUGGAAUCUAAGCAUGUUAAUGUUUACCUCUUAGAAACAGUAGGGGUGGCUAUGCAACAGGCCCCCAUUGUUUCUUCUUAUGCCCCAUGGGGAGUAUGGGAAAUGGGAAGUUGUUAUAAACUGACUCAUGAAUUUAAAAUAUAACCUCUUUACAUUUCCCAGCUAAUAUCUGGAACUGUACUGCUGGGGUGGAGACAGGAUGAUCUGUAGGCGGAGUCAGGGUACUGCAUGGGUGGGGAGUGCUGUGAGUAAACGGUUGUGGUUAGGCACUCCUCAGUUUAACUUUGUGACGCCAGGGCUGUUAUAGAGAAGACACAUCAAUGAGGAUUACAGUGAGACAGAGAUCCCAAACUUGCACUGUCCUGCAAAAUAUGCAACACUUAGGAGCUCAGAUAAUGUUUAUUUUAUUAAAAAGUUCCAUUAUACUUCUGUUAUCAUAUGAACCUCCAAUUUAUUUCUAUUAUCCAAUUUGUUUUGCUCUCUUGGUAUUGUUUGUUGAAGGAUCCUCAAUGCAUUAUUGGGAGUUAGCUGAAUACAUCAGGUAAGCCAAUGAAAAGAGGCAUACAUGUGCAGCCUCCAUUUAGCACCUAGCUCCCUCCCUGUAAUGCAUUGCUGCUCCUGAGCCUACCUAUGUAUUCUUUUCAAUAAAGGAUACCAAGAGAACAAAGCAAAUUGAAUAAUAGAGGUAAAUCGGAAGGUUGUUCAAAAUUGAAUGCUUUAUCUGAAUUGUGAAAGAAAAAAAAUUGAGUUUUAUGUUCCUUUAAGUUCAGCAACAUCUGCUUGCUUAUCUAGCUGCAGGCAUUGGCAACACUGAACAUUUUCACGUAGCAAGAAAACAAGUAAAUGGUUUGCUGUUUUUUUUAACACAAUCUGUUUCUUUUUAUGUUUUCUUAUUUAAAAGGACACUCAAGUCAAAAUUAAACUUUCAUGAUUCAGAUAGAACAUACAAUUUUAAACAACUUUCCAAUUUACUUCUAUUAACAAAAUAUGCACAGACUUUUUAUAUUAAGACUUUUUGAGUCACCAGCUCCUACUGAGCAUGUGCAAGAAUUCACAGAAUAUAGGUAUAUGCAUUUGUGAUUGGCUGUCACAUAAUACAGGGGGAGUGGAAAUAGAUAGAACUUGUAAAUGUGCCAGAAAAAAAUACUACUACUCAUUUGAAGUUCAGACUAAGUGCUAUUGCAUUGUCUUGUUAUCAUGCAUUUGUUGAUUAUGCAGAUCUACUGUAUUUACUGGUCCUUUAACAUUUGUUUCUACUAAAAAAGCACUGCUUCAUAUCCCUUAAAUUAAUGAUAUAAGCUAUAAGCACCGUUUCCCACAUAGUAUCAUACCAAACUGUCUAACUCUGAAAUCACAAAUAUUGCAUAACUGGACGACGCUGUUGUGUCUGUGCCCUUAGGGCGAGUAUAAGUUAUACAUAAAAGUAAAAACAUAAAUAUAUCAGCGUCAUUAAAAUCUACAGCUCCACCAAGUGGACACUGAAAUUACUUGAACUAUAUUAAAAGGGACAGUCUACUGUUAUUGUUUAAAAAGAUAGAUAAUCCCUUUAUUACCCAUUCCCCAGUUUUGCAUAACCAACACGGUUAUAUUAAUACACUGUUUACCUCUGAGAUUACCUUUAUAUAUAAGUCUCUGUAGACUGCCCCUUAUUUCAGUUAUUUUGAAAAACUUGCAUUUUAGCCAAUCAGUGCCCUUUCAUAAGUAACUCCACAGGUGUGAGCACAAUGUUAUCUAUAUGGCACAUAUGAACUAACACCCUCUAGCUCUGAAAAACUGUCAAAUGCACUGAGAUAAGAGGCAGCCUUCAAGGGCUUAGAAAUUAGCAUAUGAGCCUACCUAGGUUCAGCUUGCAACCAAGAAUACCAAGAGAACAAAGCAAAUAGGAUCAUAAAAGUGAAUUGGAAAGUUGUUUAAAAAUCUUAAUCAUGAAAGUUUAAUUUUGUCCCUUUAAAGGUCUAUAAAACCAAAAAAACUUUAUUUCAUGAUUCAGAUUAGAGCAUGCAAUUUAAACAACUUUCUAAUUUGCUUCUAUUAUCAAAUUUUCUUAGUUCUGUUGGUACAUUUUGUUGAAAAGCAGGAACGUAAGGAGCAUACACUUGUCGGACACUAUAUGAUAGCGGUUUUGUAAGAAUGUUAUCAUUUGCAAGACCACUAGAUGGCAGCACUGUUUGAUAAUAGAAGUGCAUUAGAAACUUUUUUUUAUUGUAUGCUCUGCCUAAAUCACAAGAGAAAAUGUUAAGUUUCAUUUCCCUUUAAAGAAUAUUACAGAAAAAUGUGAUAUUUCCGGCACCACUCUUAUCCUAGCAUUUGGAUCUCAUUAUAGAAGAGAAAUGGGAUGCACCGGUGCCAUACUUUAAAGGGAUUAACAACCAUCUCUUGCUUUUGUGCAAAAUUGUGCUUGACUUAUGCUUUCUAGAGUAGCCAAAAAGCAAACCCUGUAACCUAGGUUUUCUUCAAACUGCUGCAAAUGACCUAAACCAACAUUUUGAAAAAAAGAACUAGUUUAUGGGAUUUGCUUUUUGUCGUCUCUUUACACAAAAGAAAGAUAAUAUUUAAUGAUCCUUUAGUGCAAAGUUAUAAUUUAAGGCCGAACUUGUUUUACUGCUGUGUCCUGUGAGCAUCAUUAUGGUCCCUCGCAGAAUUAGUAAAAGCAGCAAUUCUAAUGAAAGUGGCAUUCACAACAUUUCUGUACGAAUGAUACAGUGCAAAAUGUUACUCCUAGUAUGUAAGUUUGAUUCUUUUCCUGUGGUUAGCAUUUUGUGUGUUACAUAACAUAGAAAACUGUACCGUGCAUAUAUUUCAAGGCACAGUCUACUUGAAAAUUGUUAUUGUUAAAAGGAUAGAUAAUCCCUUUAUUACCCAUUCUCUAAUUUUGAAUUACUAAUAUUGUUAUAUUUAUUACCUUAUCAGUACUUUCUACAAACUUGCAUUUCAGCCAAUUAGUGCUGACUCCUGCAUAACUCCUCGGGAGAGAGUACAAUGUUAUCUAUAUGGCACACAUAAACUAGCACUGUCUAACUGUAAAAAGCUAAUAAAAUGCAGUGAGAUAAGUGGCGGCCUUCAAGAAAUCAGCCUAUUUGCCUACCUAGGUUUCGCCUUCAGCAAAGAAUACCAAGAAAACAAAGCAAAUUUGACGAUAAAAGUAAAUUGGAAAGUUGUUUAAAAUUGCAUGCCUUGUGGUUGAGCACAAUCACAUUAUCAGCCCUGCUGUAAAAAGCUACUUGCAAGAUACUUAUGCUUGCAAUAAAACUUGUAUUAAAGGGACCUUAUGAAUGCAGGUCAUGUGACCUGCAUGACCUGCCAGUCAUCAGCCAUAUUCUGCUUGGGAUUUCGAAUACAUAUCUCCCAAACAAGACUUUUCCUAUGUUUCCAUUUAUGUUUCCAUAUGAACUGCUGCAGAUCUAAAAAUGUUUCUGACUAUUUGGUGUCUGUUCCUUGUAAAGUUUCUGGUUAGAAAACUUUGAAAUAAACUUCUGUAGUUUUGACUUUCUUUUCUAUGGCAUUCUAGUCCAGAAGAAGCAUGGCUGUUCAAACUAGCAGAAUAACGUAUGCAGUAAAUCCAGAACAUCUAGAUUUCUUAUAUUCGGGUUUGGAUAAAACUUAAAAAAACAGGCUUUUUUGCAGGGGUUUCUGCAGUCCUACACAGAAGCAAAAUAUUCACAGGCAAUGCAAAAGUUAAACAUUGUGACCAACUGAUUAAAAACUGAUGUUUAUAUUUAAAGUGACACAAACAGGAAUUACAUAAUUGUGUACAAAUUCUGGAACUCUAACGCUCACUGUCACUGGCUGAAACACUCCCAUAGAAGGUUGGUUAAUAGAGUACAAUAGCAUCUUUUCAAUUAAACAGAUUUUUUUUUUAGCAUUAUGUACCUUAAAAGUUCAAUUUAAAACCAUAACUAAUAUAAACAUGUAUAUGAAAUAAAACAUUACUUUCGUAGGGCUCUUUAUUAGUCUGCUGGGAGGUUGUAUACAUCAUUUCAUCACUAUAGACUUGAUUAUGUCAACAGUCAUCCUGCAACCAUACGUGGUGAAGUUAAAUUAUCCCAACUAAUCCACUGGGAUUGAUUGACAAGUUUUAAAGGGACAGUAAAGUAAAAAUUCAACUUUCACGAUUCAGACAGAGAAUGCAAUUUUAAACAACUUUCCAAUUUACUUCUGUUUUCCAAUUUGCUUUAUUCUCUUGGUAUCUUUUAUUGACGAGUAAAACUGGGUAGGCUCAUAAAAGCUCAGGAGUGUGCAUGUGUAUUUAGUACUCAAUGGCAUCAGUGUUUUGUAACAUUAUUUGUAGCUUUGUUAUAGAAUGCUGCACAACACUAAGAUACUAAAGACACGUGCACACUCCUGAGCUCUUAUGAGCCUACCCAGUUUUACUCUUCAAUAAAAUAUAUCAGGAGAUUGAAGCAAAUUUGAUAAUAGAAGUAAAUUGGAAAGUUGCUUAAAAUUGCAUACUCUAUUUGAAUCAUGAAAGUUGAAUUUUGACUUUACUGUCCCUUUAACAUGUAAAAUCAUUUAAUGGCGUAAACAAGAAAAUAUAAGGCUGUAAUAAUAUUGUUAUCAUUUAUAUUCAUAAACAGAUAUCAUUUUAUAAUGUUCUUUAAUAUAUACAAACAUAUAAUAUCUGACACUGUACUUUAAAGUUUCCGGCAUUAAAUAAGCCUAUCACUGUACAGUGAUGAUUACGCUAACACCUGUUUAUGUAAACAAUCAUCAAAGCACUAACUGUAAAAUCACAAGUGAUUAUUUAAAACUUGAAGAGUACUUGGUUAAAUUAAACAAGAACUGAUACAGCAAAGCUUAAUGGAAAUAGAUCAUAUUAAUCUUCUUAACCCUGUUUUUUUUAUUUUAUUUUUAAAUGAUGCAAUUUGUUGAAAUAAAGUGGUAAACAUAGCAAUAGAUUGGAAAAAUAAGGGAGAGGUAAUAUUAAAAAAACAACAUAUCCCUCACUGAUUAGAAGGGAAACAUAUUUUAGGGAUAUAGUACAAAAUCUGGGAGAUUGGAAACUGCUUUGUAAAGCACAUCAGGGGAAGAGAAUAUGGUGAACGGACAUUGUACUUACAAGUAAACAGUUUAAUUAUGCACAGUGAAAAAUUGUAAUGAAGCUUCAUUUAUUUUGCUUUAACUCUAUGUAUUGUGUUUUUUCAUUCUCCCAAUGCAUUCUGCAGGUUGCAGAAGCAAACCCGAAAACAUUCUACACAGUGGUUGCUUGAUAUGGGCAGGAGUUAUUUAUGUUUGGCCCUAUUACAUACUCGAGGCUUUACAGGAGUAUGUUAUGUUUAACUGCUAAUAUAUAAUAUGCAUUUAUAGAAAAAAAAUACUUUAAUAUCCCUUUAAACUGCUUCCCCUGUAUUUAUUUUAGGGAUUAAUACAGUCAUGGAUUUCAGAAAUGAAAGCAACAUAAAAAGAUUUACUACAAAUAUAGAGACCCAAAGAUUCAGUCUGGCUUGCAGUUAAUAAAAGAAAAACUGAAUUAGACAAAUAAGAUAGGCCAAGAGUUCAUAUUCACUAUUUCUGUCUUUUCUUGCCUGGUCACAAAAAAAAAAAAACAUUUUGUUAUUGGUCUAAAUGCACAGUGUAAAAGGGUUUAUGUUUAAUCCUCUGAUCUAUCCUAUUAUUUAUAUAUGUUUCUGUUUUGCUUUUUUAAGCUUUGUAAAAAAAAAAUUCCAAUAAACAUUUUUAAAUAUUUGACACAU